UAAGCAGGAUGGGCAGUGGCUCUCCCCAGCCGGCUUUGCUCCCUCUUUCUCUCUGCUGCAGACCUUUCCCACUGGCGAAUCACAGCCAGGUUGGGCGAGGGAGUUUUGUGCCUGCUGCUGCCUUUGGAAAGAGAGAUCUGGGGGACCCAGAAUGAUGGCUGUGAAGCUGUGGGGCCCAGUCCUCCUCUCCCUGGCCUUGUCGGGCUGCUGCUGCGAUGGGGUUACAAUAUCCACGAAUACUUCAGAAACUACUGGGUCUCCCAUGAUGAAUGCCACUUCAGCAGCAAACACUACCACCUCAUUGAACAUGGUUGCAACUACUACCAUUAAAGGCCACAGUUCUCAGAUCCCUGAUAUCCAGACAGAUAAAACAGACAAGGCCACUGAAGCUGGAACUAAAAUAACAGCAGGCACAACUGAAUCAUCAACAAAGAAUCCUAUGACAUCAGCAUCUGGCUUGGCUCCAGUAAUUUCAGACCAGAGUUCUCAGAGCAAUGAUAUCCAGGCAAAUACAACAGACAGAUUAGAAAAAACAACCGAAGCUGGACGUAAAAACAAUUCAGCAUUAACUAAUCAUGAAAGACAAGAGGACGUUUCUUACAGUGGUAUUAUUUUGCCAGUUGUCAUUGCCCUAAUAGUAAUAAGUGUCAUCGUAUUCCUUUUAAUGGCUUUGUACCGAAUGUGCUUGAAGACAACACCAGAGAGGCAAGAGAAUGGAACUGAACAAGCCCCAUCGGACAAAGAGAAUGUGAAACUCAUUUCUGUUAAGACAACUUCUCCAGACUCAGGCAUGUUCAGUUUCUUGACCCUUUCCUCCUAUGACUUGCCUUUAGGCAUGUCAUUACCUUUGGAAUCCUUCAAACCAAUCAGAGCAGACUUCUCAAGGAAGGAAUAAAACUCGGCAGCAUAACGAUUCCACCCCAUGCCAGGGCAACCAACAUAUGUGAAGAAUUCCUGUUUCAUAGUUGAAACCAUUGACCAAAGUUGGAUUUUCUUGAUGUGAAUCAAGAGCAUCUAUGCAUCACUGAAAACAACAUUCACACUUUGUUUCUCUAUAAUUUUGUCAUGUUGCCAUGUUUUUCUCUAUAUACCUACUGUUUAUCUCUGAAAAGGCUUUUGUACUUUUUUCUCUCUUUCUUUCUCUCUUUCAGUGUCCAUUGCUCUAUAGGACCUAUUUAUUGCUUUCCACGUAUGUAAGGCAGAGGAAAAUCACAUAUUAUAAAACUAUGUAAAAAUGCAUUUGACAUUUGCUAAUUCUGAAAGUUUUGUAGAUAAAAAUAUUUUCUGCCUGUAAAUAGAAUUCUAUGUAUGCUUUCAAUAAUUAAAUAAUACCACAAUAUUAAAUAUUGUGGCCAUAUGCAGAUCUGUGUACAGUAAGAACAAGAUAUUAACUUGAGUCUUUCCUUCUGUAAAUACAGUAGAAUCUGUCCAUCCAAUUCUUAGGUGUAGCAAAGAUUCAAGUUAUUAUAUCAAUAAGUGACUAAUCCCUUUAUUAUGACUAACCAAACUGGUGCAAAAGAGUCAACCACUUUUAGGUAUUCCAGAAUUCUCCCUCAGGGAACAUGUUACAAAAACAAAAAAUGGGGAAGAAACUCCAAAACGUCUUGGAGCAAGAAGACCAGAAAUUAUCUCCAUGGGGUCUACAGCUCAGAUUUGAUCUUGAGACUGGAACUGUAGACAGAACCAAUAUGUUUGGUAGAUGUAAUAGAUUCAGGGUUUCAGCUACUAUCUAGGGACAAACAAAAUGGUCACAUUUGAAUUGGUACUGCAGACUUGUGGCUGCAGCUCAUGGCAUCUUUUGGGGGCUUUCUUACUUGUUCCCUGCUUCUUGUAACAACUUGCCUUGAUGAAGACUUCUGCAACUUCUUCUGCAUCAUUUAAUAGUAACAAAAAUAUUACCUUAAUGGGAAUCCUACAUUUUUUUUCUGAUAGACCAACAUGGCUAUGAUUGUUUUUUGAACCAUUAUAUACAGCUUUAUGACUUUUUUUGUGGAAUGGUGGGAGAACAAGGCAAAAACCAUUGUCAUGCAGUCUGAACUUAGGGAAAGAAGAAGGAAUAUAUAGUAUGUAUGUGUUAACACUUUUUAAUAUAAUCUAUGGGAAUCUCUUGCACCAGAUUUCUAUUUCAAAUGGCAGCUCUGGGGACUAAAUUUUCCUAAGAAUUUCUCACAUUCCUUAAUUCCCAACAUUCCAAAAGGGGAGAAAGGACUACAGAAUAGUGAAAUUCAUGAUACCACCUUCUGCCACCAUGACUACAUUGCACAAGCACAAAGUUCAGAAAGGAUUCUAGAAACCAUCACUCUGUCAAUCUUUAUCCAGAUUUUUUCCAGAUUUUUUCCCUGGAGAAUUGUCCUCUACUUAAAAACCAACAAUACUUGGUCAGAAUCUAUGGCUGCUGGAACAAUCCAGAAAUGUAAUAAACAAACAAAUGGUUGUUUCAAAUUUCAUUUUCGGGGUGCUUUUACUAAGCAUGCAGAAGUGUAUCUGUUUGGCAAUAAGAAAAAAUAAAGCUUUUUUUUUUUGCAACAUUUUAUCAAAGCAUAAAUUUGUGCAUAAUUAACAUAGGGGUGAGUAAGACACAAAUAAACAAGUUGCUGAAAGCUGUGGCAGACUUUACAGAAUUGGGAGGUCAUCUCAUCCAACCUAGUGAAGCAAAAAAUCCAACAUUAAGCUAGACAGAUGGCAAUUCAGCCUUUGCUUUAAACCUCUAAUGAAGAAGGAACAACACCCUCCCCAUUUCAGUGGCUAUAGUCAAACAGCUUGUACUGCCAGAGAGUUCUAAUGUUUAACCAAAAUCCAUUUUUGUGUAAUUUGAAUCUGUUGUAUCAUGCCUCUGGAUGGAGCAAAAUAAAAUAUAUUUCCUCAAUCA